AAGUUGGUCAAGGCUGUCUUGAAAGCAUAAAAUGUUAGCUGGGUCAGGUCAGGUGUGUAGUAGAUCACUGCUCCAAACACCAUGACCACCCUCACGUCUGUUCUUCUGAUAGCCCUUGGACUCAGUUUGGCUGAGGCUCUUGCUGAUCAUAGAGCCGUAUGGCAGUUAAGGGACAUGAUCCUCUGUACUGUACCCGACAGCUUGCCCAUUCUUGACUAUGCUGACUACGGCUGCUAUUGUGGCUUAGGUGGAUCUGGCACACCUGUGGAUGAGUUGGAUAGAUGUUGCCAAGCUCAUGACAAAUGUUAUAGAGAUGCUAAAAAGCACGAGAAAUGUGUCCCCAUCCUUGACAACCCAUACACCAAGACCUACUCAUUCAGUUGUGACAAACCAACCCAGAAAAUCACCUGUGGCAGUGACAACGACGAGUGUGAGGCGUUCAUCUGUGAUUGUGACAAAAUAGCAGCCGAAUGCUUUGCAGAAGCUCCCUACAAUGAAGAGAAUGCACGCCUUCCCAGUGACCGCUGCAAAUAAAGUUUUCAAUGUUUCAAGCA